AUGGAUAACGGAAAAAUUUUAUGUCAAUUUUGUAAUAAUCAACAUGGAAAAUAUAUAUGUCCACGUUGCAAUCAGCGAUAUUGCUCUUUGAUCUGUUAUCGAAGUCAGAUACAUUUAAAGUGUUCUGAAUUUUUUUAUAAGGAUAAUGUAGAGCAAGAAAUAAGAAAUAGGAAAAUAACGGAAAAAGAAAAAACUGAAUUGCUACAUUUUCUUUCUAAAUAUUCAUAUAACGAUGAUUUUGAAAAUCUUAAAUUUUUAGAUAAUAAAAAAUUGCCAAAAAAAGAGAAAAAAAGCACUUUAAAAGACAGAAUGAAAAAUAUAGAUAUAGGUAAAUUGAAUAAUAAUUGUAUUUAUGGGGAAUCUGAUUUAUUUUAUAAUAUAGAAAAUGCAUCUUUUGAAGAAAUAUGGGAACGACUUGAAUCAAAUGAAAGAGAGGAAUUUGUACAUUUAGCAAUGGCCUAUAACAAUGAUAUCGUAUAA